GCAGCCUUGAAAGGAAACUCUUACAAGGGACCGGCUGUGAGAAGAAUAAAAGCUUUAAUGGGUCCAUAUGUAACUUUUGAACAUUAAUAAAAAAACUGGCAUAAACAUCAAGAUCUGAACACUCGCUAACCGGAUUGCAAGGUGGUAGAUCCCUCAGCUGUCUAAAUCCACCUUGGAAUAUGGCAUAGAAGAAAGUCUACACUAAAGAUUCACUCUAACCUAAGGUAAAAGGAAAAACGAAAUCAGUACUGCAGAUUUGGUGCCUGAAUUUGAAAGAGCAUCUUGAGUUCAACGGCCAAAGUCCAGUUCAGAUGUCUGCCUUGUGAACAUUUUUGGAGAUUACACAUGGCUGUCUUCAUUGUUUUAUUGACUUUGCUACAAGUGUCAAGUGCCUUAUAUGGACCAAGGCUAUUGAUAGGUGAAGUUGGAGGAUCGGUCACCAUCAAAUGUAUCUAUCCAACCAUUAAAGCCAACAGAUAUAGCAGAAAAUAUUGGUGUAAAAUAUCAGGACCCGGAAGUGUUUGCAACUCCAUCAUUUCUACGAGCCCUUUCACCUCUACAGAUCACAAAGAGAGAGCAUCCAUCACAGACUUCCCUAAAAAUGGCACAUUCACAGUGCAAAUGACACAGCUGGAGCAGAAAGACACUGGGACUUACAGAUGUGGCAUUGGCAGAAAUAACAACGUCUUAUUUGUCAGCGUAAAUCUGACAGUUUUGGAAGGUUCUAAUGUGCCCAAAUCACCAGACCUGGAAUUACGAGGGAAGGAUCUCUAUAACCUCUGA